AUGGGUCCUUCAGAAACGGGAAGUGGUAGCAGCAGCGAUUCUCAAAUUCCAGAUUGGGAAACCGAGUUUAAUCGCUUCGAACAGUCGAUUUCUUCUGGUCUCGCUCCAAUUCGUGUAAGAACCGUUCUAAAGUUAUCAGAUUUAGCGAAUCGAGUACCAGAGAGUAUUCUAUCCCGUGCAAUCCCGAUCCUCGCUGGUCUUCUUCGUGUCUCCGAUGAUCCCAAUCGUUCCGUUCAAGCAGCCGCCGCGCAUUGCUUAAAACGUAUCGCUUGUUGUGGCGGUGAAGAGGGCGGAUUUGCGAUGGCGAUGGGGAGGUGCGGUGUGAUUGCUAGCUUGUUAGGGUUGUUAUUUGAGGCGAAUACGAAUACUAAUAGUAAUGCCUUCCGAAGGAUUUGGGUGAAAUGUUUGUGGAGCUUGGUUACUUUUGGAUCUUCGAUUCGAAUUGGUUUGGCUAGGUUAGGUGGUUUAGAGAUUGUGAUUCGUGAGUUGAAUACUUGGGAAGAUGAUACAAGUAGAUGGUAUUUGUUAGAGAUCCUUAGUGCUUUGACGACAAUACGAGAGAGCAGACGCGUUCUUGUUCAUACAGGAGGGCUGAAGUUUCUUGUUGAAGCGGCUAAAGUUGGAAACUUGGCGUCGCGAGAGAGAGCUUGUCACGCAAUCGGAUUGAUCGGUGUUACUAGACGAGCUCGGCGAAUGCUGAUUGAAGCAGGAGUGAUUCCAGCACUUGUGGAUCUAUUUCGAGAUGGAGAUGAUAAGGCAAAGCUUUUAGCUGGUAAUGCCUUAGGGAUCAUAUCUGCUCAGACCGAGUACAUUAGGCCUGUCACUGAAGCUGGUUCCAUUCCUUUGUAUGUUGAGCUUCUGUCAGGACGAGAUCCGAUGGGGAAAGAUAUUGCAGAGGAUGUGUUCUGUAUACUAGCUGUAGCUGAGGGUAAUGCUGUUUCGAUAGCGGAACAACUGGUGAGGAUCUUGAGAGAAGGCGAUAACGAAGCCAAGUUUGCGGCUUCUGAUGUGUUGUGGGAUCUUGCUGGUUAUAGGCAUUCUGUAUCGGUUAUUAGAGACUCUGGUGCUAUUCCGUUACUGAUCGAGCUUGUGAGAGAUGGGUCCCUUGAGUUCAGGGAGAGGAUUUCUGGAGCUAUUUCUCAAUUGAGUUAUAACGAGAACGACCGUGGGGCCCUUUCUGAUUCCGGUAUGAUACCGAUUCUGAUUGAAUGGUUGGGCGAUGAGUCCGAAGAGCUCAGGGAUAACGCAGCGGAGGCACUUAUUAAUUUCUCAGAAGACCAAGAGCAUUAUGAUAGAGUGCGUGAGGCGAUAGGCCAUCCUGUGUUUCAGAGUAUGCAGAGCAGACUUGCUAGAAUCCGAGCUUCCCAUGAACUUUUGGCUAGGUCAAUGCGAAGGGUUACAAUCGAACAUCGUGCCCGGAAUCCAGAUCUUCUUUGA